AUGAAGUCUGUCCUCAUCGUGGGCGGAGGCCCGUCUGGCCUUGUUGCCGCCAAGACACUCCUGGAGUAUGCUGGUGGUACAAAGUACAAAGUUACAUUGUUCGAGGCCGCGGACAAAGUCGGCGGCAUGUGGAGAUCGUCUCCAGGUGAGAAAGGCGAGAUCUGCAGCCCGCAUAUGCGAACGAACCUCAGUCGGUUCACAGUCGCAUUUCCAGAUCUCGCAUGGGGGUCUGUCGAUCUUACAGAUCCUAUAACUGGAGCGAAGCCUUCUGGACCGCCCGCAAUAUUUCCGCCAGCGUGGCAAGUAGGCCGGUAUCUGCAGACGUAUGUGAACAAGUUCCUUGCGUCUGGAAUCGUCCACUGCAAUAGACGUGUCACUGUUGCAGACUUCGAAGGUGGCCUUGGCGGAACGUGGAACGUCACUUCAGUGGAUCAGACUACACGGCAAGAAUCGAAGGACUCUUUUGACUAUCUGAUCGUGGCCAGCGGGUUCUUUCACCGGGCUGGACCUAAGAUACGUCAAAGUCAGAUGCAGCAUGGAUCCGGAAAGAGGAUACAGCAUUCUUCGCAGUUUCGAGAUGUGGCAUCAUUCUCAGAGGACGCAGGAAAGGUAGUUGUUGUUGGUGGUGGGAUCAGUGGCAGUGAGGCAGCCGCUACAGCUGCGUUCCAGAUUUCCAACGCAAAACACUCGUCUGGACAGAAGCCUGCAUGGGCAGACAGCAAGGUCUACCACGUAUUUGACCGCCCGUUCUAUACGCUUCCUCGAUAUGUACCACAGGACCCGUACGAUCCAGCAAUCCAAGAUUUCAAUUUAUCUCCUCGAUUCCUCCCGCUCGACCUGAUUCUGUACAACCUUGGCCGACGAGGCGGCGAUGGCCCGAUCACUGCGUCGAUUGGACAAGUGCCGGCCGAGAAGGCUGAAAAGGGCCACGAGUUCAUCAGAAACCUACUAGGUGGCGACCAACGAGCUACUGGGCGUUUGGAGCUGGUCUCAAAACCUGACAAAAUCCAGUAUCCUGCUUAUACGGGAGUAACCGACAUGUACGCGGAAUUUGUCAGGGAUGGUACGAUUGUGCCUAUCAAUGGCCGGGUCGUAAACAUUACGCAAGGCGCGAGCAAGGACUUCUCGUUAGAGGUCGCUGCUCAGGGUCCCUGGGCCAAUGCGAACGAGCCCACAUCGCAUUUGGGAGACGUGACUGGCGUUGUCGAAGCGACCGGGUUUCAGUCACAUCUCAACUACCUCUCCGAAGAUGUCAAGCAAGCCUUGGAGUACGACCCUGACAGCCAUCGUGUCCCGUUUCUCCUAUCACACGGCUCGGUCUUCAACGAAAAAGUGCCAAACAUCGCCUUCGUCGGCUUCUACGAAGGCCCUUACUGGGGCGUAAUGAGCAUGCAAGCCAAGAUCAUUGCACAACGGUGGGACCAUAAAACAUCCCCGAACACAGCGUUCGAUACGCUAGACACCAGCGAUGCCCUGUCAGUACGACAAGCCAUCAAAGACGGCAAAUUGGACGUCCCGCAGUUCUGGAUGGCAGAUUACGUUGGUCUGAUGGAAGAAUUCGCGCAGCGUGUGGGCUUGCAGCGUGAUGAUUCAGCUCUGGGUGCGGGCGGUCCGCUCUUUCCGGCGCGGUACCAGGAUGAGGCAGAAGAGAGAACUGAGGCUGCGGCUGCCGUAUGCGAAGUCGCCGAAGUCCUUCAGCGGUCAGAAAAGGAAGGCUUGUUUGUGGCAGCUGCGGCCUUCCGGGGUAUGCAAGGCACGUGGACGCUGCGGAGAAAGGUCGGCUCGCGCCUUCCUUCGAUGCCUAACGGCGUAUUCGAAGGCACAGCACACUUCAAUCCGCGCACCCCUACUGACACUAUCUACUCCGCCGAGUAUCUGUACAUCGAAGACGGUACGCUUACCAUGUCCAACGGCAUGAAGUUCCCAGCUACAAGGCGUUACGUCUACCGAUAUGAGGAAAGCAACGACACCGUGACCGCGUGGUUCGUGGACGGGGAUGGCUUGACCGUCGGUGACUUCUUCACCCGAUUGGAGUUCUACCGACCUACGGAUGUCGAACAUGGCUGGAUGGCCAAGGGCCGACAUUGGUGCAGUCCCGAUACGUACAAGAGCAGCUGCGAGUUUCGGUUCAGGGGCGCUAGCUUGGAGACUUUUGGGAUCACGUACGAGGUGACUGGGCCGAAGAAGGACUAUAGCCACGAGAGUUGGUACAGUCGGCCGACACCGGGCCUUGCUUGA